AGACCGCCCACCUGGGUGGAGAGAACCCUAGUCCAGAGCCGAGAGCCGGAGACCACCGAGGGGGGACGGUUUCCCGUGCGAGGCUCCUAUUCCGGGCCCUACCGAUGACAGUCCACAAUCUGUAUUUGUUUGACCGUAAUGGCGUAUGUCUGCACUACAGCGAGUGGCACCGCAAGAAGCAAGCGGGGAUCCCCAAAGAGGAGGAAUACAAGCUGAUGUACGGGAUGCUGUUCUCUAUUCGGUCGUUUGUCAGCAAGAUGUCCCCGCUGGACAUGAAGGACGGCUUCCUGGCUUUCCAAACUAGCCGCUACAAACUCCAUUACUAUGAGACGCCCACUGGGAUCAAGGUGGUCAUGAAUACUGAUUUGGGCGUGGGACCCAUCCGGGAUGUGUUACACCACAUUUACAGUGCGCUGUACGUGGAACUGGUGGUGAAGAAUCCUCUGUGCCCUCUGGGCCAAACUGUGCAAAGUGAGCUCUUCCGAUCCCGACUGGACUCCUACAUCCGCUCUCUGCCCUUCUUCUCUGCCAGGGCUGGCUGAUGGAUGCACCCUCACCCUGCAGAGAAUCUGUGUCUGCCUGAGGACCUUCCUAAAUUGUGCUACCUAAGGGUCCCAUUAAAGGCCACCCCCGCCCCCAACUCCUUCAAGGGCAACAGCCUAACCCACUCCUUGGUGCCCUCUGCAACACUGGAAGCAUGCCCAUAAGGGACCUCACAUUGCCAAACCGGAGCCUCGUUCCUGGACAGUUUGUUUUUGUUUUGUUUUAAUUUUUUUUUGCCCCCACUGCCAAGUGAUACCCACAGUUUUUCGGGCAAAGAGAGGCCAGUUGUCUCCUGGAAAGUUUUUAUCCCCUCCCUUCCUGACCCUUUGAGAGGCACACAAUAAACUUGUUAUUACCGUC